AGUGUGAAGAAGGCACGCGUGCGGUCCGCGAGUAAGAGACAGUCAGUCAGUCAGUCAGUCACUCAGUCGGUGAGAAGUGCGACGCGGAGUGGUUAAAACGGAAGUCAGCGAAGAGCUGCCGGGUUGAAAUUUGGCGCCCCGGUCUUUCAGGCCCGAUUUUUAGCCAUGGUCCGAAACUGCGCUGGAUUGGAAAGAGCGGUUUGAGUACCUUUUCCGGCUGUCCGGUCGAUCGGUCGACCAAGAAUGCGCGACGAGGGGUUCGGCUCUUAAUGGGGGAAUUAGCGAGGCGGUGGUAACAGUUCGAACCCAGCCACCGCUGCUCUGAUAAUUACGCGAGUGUUUGGUGCCGUGCUUAUUGUGCUUGUGCAGGUGCAUGUCGUCUCUCACCUUCGACGAGACUCGUUACUCUCUGCUAGCUUGGCGCUUUCUCAGACGGACGAGAUCGCCUCUUCAUGGCUCCAAACAGACCCGCCAAGCUCAGGCGGGCCUUGAAGCAACCGGACUUUAAACCAGGUUCCAUCGUCACCGCGGGCCUUCCGCUUGAGCAAUCUGAAGAUUCAACGAUAAGGUGGCAGCAGGCAGCAAUCGCAUUGAACAGAACGAUUAUAAACUGCCAUGGAAAUCCUCAAAUUUGUGGGCCGGAAGCGGCUUGCAAAAAUUUCGGGAACGAUACAGCGAUCUGUAUUUGUCCUCACGAUUCUUCGAUACCAACCGCUGCCCUGACAUGCCCGCGUAUAACGGUUCCGAUGGAGCCGAUGCCAAUUCACAACAUCAUACCUCCGAAUGGAAACAUAACGAACAGCACAACCGAGCUGCCAGACAAGAAAGAGGUGCCCACUACUGCUCAAGUGGGACCGAGCCACCAACGAAAGCUACCUGAAAUUAUCGGUGGUACUGCCACUCUUCUCAUCCUGAUCGGGCUGAUUAUUCUUGCUAGGUAUUGCCAGCGGCGGCGGGCAUACACGUCUAAAUGCAGCCGAACUUCUUUGAACCCGUCUCCGAUGAAUCUGAAGAAGGGAUUCCUUCUCCCCAACAAAUAUAUACCAAACACACAAUACUCAACUUACGGAUCCCCGGAGGUUCCUAUACUUCGUCGUGACUGCGUUUUGUUCCUGCAAGAUAUAGGAGAGGGUUGUUUCGGCAAGGUUUACAAAGGUCAACUUCGUCGUGGCGAUGCGACUGAAACGGUGGCAGUCAAAGUCCUGAAAGAUUCAGCUUCCUGCGAGGCUGAAGAGGACUUUAUGCGAGAGGUGGACAUAAUGUCGUCCUUCCGGCACCGGAAUAUCCUUUUCCUGAUUGGCGUUGUUCUCCGUGAUGCGACCAACAGUCCUUGGAUGGUUUUCGAAUACAUGCCUCACGGCGAUCUUGCCGAAGUUUUAAGAGCAAACUCGCGACAACUGAGAUGCUCCACACCUGGAUUACCGCCUUUGACCAGGGAUUCCUUGCUCUGGAUAUCAACACAAAUAGCGGCUGGAAUGACGUAUUUGUCGUCGCAAAGAUUUGUUCACCGAGAUCUGGCCUGCCGUAAUUGCCUGGUCGGUUCCGACUUGAUCGUGAAGAUUGCUGACUUUGGAAUGUCACGCGACGUCUACACCUGCGACUAUUACAAGAUCGGCGGAUCUCGAUUGCUACCCGUUCGUUGGAUGGCUCCAGAGAGCGUGAUAUUUGGCCGAUUCACGUUAGAAAGUGACGUCUGGAGUUUCGGCGUUGUUAUUUGGGAGGUUUAUUCCUUCGGAAAGCAGCCGUAUUACGGGCACAACAACGACGAAGUGAUGAAGCUAAUUCUACAGGGAAUAAUGCUCCUUCCGCCCGAAGACUGUCCGCCAUUCAUCUGUGACGUCAUGCGAGGCUGCUGGAAGACGGAGCCAAAGGAUCGGCUCAAGUUCACCGACAUUUUGGAAAAGCUGGAACUCGCCCGCGAGAAAUCUAGCGACAAGGGUUCGCUGCCUCGCCCACCUCAAGGACCAGUCGCCAUUCGAUCGCCGGAUGCCCUCGACACCGAUGGCUAUUUGCUACCGGCGCCGGUGAACAGAUGCGAGUAUCUUCAGCCACUUCCGCCGCUGCCAAAUUGAAGGAAAAGUUAGCUGGAGGAUGAAAAAAAAUGUGAUGCAACUGUGAACGAACACCUGGGUUCAGCAGGCGUUUUCUGCGAAGAGAUGACUUGUGACACAGUUUUGGGAUCCGGUUGUGAAACAUGGCGGCGCGUCGGACGAUCAGCUGAUCGUUUAGGGUCGAUUUUGAGAGUAUCGAAGCACGGACAACGCCGUGCAGGCUGUCGGACUAUAUGUUCGUGACACUGAAUCGAUGUGGGAAAAAAUUUUUGGUGAAAAAAAAGUUUUAUAUUUAAAUAUGACGCUAUGUGUUUUAUGCUACAAGAUGGCGCGUUCGGAAUUCGGGGAAGACAUGUUUUGUGUACUUAUUAUAUCAUACGAUACCUGAUAUAUUAUGUGUUGUGGUGUAAAGUGUCUAAGUGACGAAUUCGAUUGAGGAUAUUGAAAAAAUUCAACACCUCCGGUAUAAUUGGGAAGCAGACUCGUGGAGCGUUGACGAAAUGAAAAGAAGUACAUUAUGGACAUUUUCAACGGCUACGUAAGCCGAGUCGACUCUAACAAAAGCAGAGUCUGACAUCGAUUUUUUUCUCUUAAGACGAUUGUUCAAAUUCUAAACUAACACGGUCUGAUAGGUUUACAUAUCCGUCUUGUACACUUUGUCUGUUUCAAUGUAAUUACCACAAUUUACUCUUACUUAUUUAAUUAAAAAAAGAUUAAUGAUAUUGUACAUAGGUACUAUACCGAUCUAAUCUAUUUAUGUAUACUAUGUCCUAAAUUCUCGUUCACUUUUAAUCAAGCCAAAUAGAGAUAUCAAUGUAUGUAUAUAUUAUGUAUAAUAUUAUUUCCUCUAUAUAAAAAAAAUUCUGCACCAUAAUGUUAUUACCAAUUCGUGAUUAAGAUCACCGUGAAAGUAAAGAAAAAUAAAA